UCUCAYCUAUAUAUAAAGGUCUGUUGUCCUGGCUCAACGCUCUCACAAAAUUUCAUUUAUCUCGUGUUUCUUGCAUUAUUACGAAUUCAUAUCUCGCAGAAAGAACCUUAACAACUCUUAGGAUAAUUCUCUGCUGAGAAACCAGCGAGAGAAUGAGCCAAGAGGACGAAAACCGCUAUGGCGCCGGCAGUUCUCUUCAGGCACAUGCAGGUAUAAUGACACCAAGCCCAGGAAUGUCAACGACUACAGGCUUACCAGGAGGGUUGGCUGCCUAUCCCCAUACCCCUAGUCCCAUGCCACCCCUAACACCUAUGACCCCCAUGACACCAAUGACGGCUGAGCAGUCUGGUAUCAUCCCACAGCUACAGAAUAUAGUUUCAACAGUGAAUCUUGGAUGUAAAUUAGACCUCAAGAAAAUUGCACUGCAUGCCAGGAAUGCAGAAUACAACCCCAAGCGUUUUGCAGCCGUCAUCAUGAGAAUCAGGGAUCCAAGGACUACAGCUUUGAUAUUCAGUUCAGGAAAGAUGGUCUGUACUGGAGCAAAGAGUGAGGAACAAUCAAAACUUGCUGCUAGAAAAUAUGCCCGUGUUGUACAGAAGCUUGGCUUUCCUGCAAAGUUCACUGAAUUUAAAAUCCAGAAUAUGGUAGGAAGCUGUGAUGUAAAGUUUCCUAUUAGACUAGAAGGGUUGGUGUUAGCACAUGGACAGUUUUCAAGUUAUGAACCAGAGUUAUUUCCAGGGCUUAUCUAUCGAAUGGUAAAACCAAGAAUUGUUCUUCUCAUUUUCGUAUCUGGCAAAGUUGUACUGACAGGAGCCAAAGUUCGUAGUGAAAUUUAUGAGGCAUUUGACAACAUUUACCCCAUAUUGAAGACCUUCAGAAAGACAUAACAAAUUUAUCAACCUGUUUUUGUUCUAAAUAAUAUUAAUAUUUAUCAACAUAUCCUUUAUCCGUUCUUCAUUAUAAAGUAAUUAGUGUGUAAAAUUGAUAGUCGAAGAGACAUCAGCUGAUGCUGUUGUUCUGUUUGAUACAGCUAUUUCAAAAAACAUUGAAGGGCCAAUGGCGAUUGCAAAUCUGAAAUGCACCGUGCAUCUAAACACAAAUAAUCAAGGUGUUUUAUAUGGUUUUGUUAAAAUAUCUCAACAACAUCUGUGUAAUUUCCAAGAAUGAUGAUAAGAGAUACGAGUCAUUCCAGCCAUUCCUGCAUUUUGGAAUGGCCUAUCUCCUAUUGCUUUUUGCCUGUCGCUUAUUAUCUGUUGCCGUUCACCCCUUCAACCUUUUUUGAAAUAACUGUAUAUCGUUUCAAGUCUACCAAAAAAAGCUUAUUAGUUAGCUCAUAGUUAAUAGCUAUUAACUAUUGUUACCUCUUGUUAGGUACAUGAUUACUUUCUGCUCUAGAGAUGCUUCAGUAAACCUGGGAUACAGAUACGUUUAGAGUUAUUUAUUUAUCCCAAAGCUUAAAAAAAAAAAAAAAAAAAGAAUUUAGAGAAAAAAWAAAAAAUAACAGGUUUUUUGAAACAACAAUCAUUAUUUUAGAGUACUGUUCACGUUUUUUCUGUAACCUGCACAAUAGAGUGCAGGCACUAAAACCGUGAACAUUAAAUAGUACUAAUUAGUACUAUUUCAUACAGAAUCCUUUGUUUUCUAUUGUUUAAUUAUCACUAUUUAGUGCUAAAAAUUAGUAUUUGUUUCACGGAUUUAAUGUGAGUACUCUACUCCAUUUUACAGUUGCGUUCAGUGACCAUCAAAAAUAGUUCCAAGCUAAGGUUGGAGAAAAAAAGAAUUUAAAGAAAAAAUAAAGAAUAACCAAUUUUUCGAAACAACAAUCAUUAUUUUAGUGCUGUUCAUGUUUUUCUGUAACCUGCACAAUACUUCAUUUUACAGUUGCGUUGAGUGACCACGAAUAAUAGUUCCAAGCCAAGGUUGGAGUUGCUGCGCAUGAUAAAAAGAAUAGUUUUUCUUUGCAUGGCAACUCCAGCCUCAACUUGGAACUUUAAUGCGUGGUCACUGAACGGAACUAUGGAGUAUUCAACACCAUUUUCAUGUAUUUUUGCUUUCAUCUUCAUCGUCUCAUUUAUUAUUAAUUUUUGAUGCAAAACAACCAGAAGUUUUCUAGAAGUUGUAGAGGUGGUCUCGUACAGGCUACAGAAACACUGAAAACAGGUCUAUUUAGAUGCAACAUUUUUGGAGCAAACAUGAUGUAAAUAUUCUAUAUUUCUAUAUAAUUUACAACUAUGAAUUAACAAACAAAUAAUUAAGUAGCAAUAAUAUUGUCCUACAAACUAAAAAAAUAUUAGUGUAUUCAAACUUGAGUUCUUUAGUAAUACAAACAUUUUUGUAAUAAAGCGAUUUUACUUUGCUCGUAAAA